GUUUGAUUGCAGUAUUUGUUUUCCACGACCCUUUACCUACUGUUACCAGACAGAGGACACAGAGGAGACAGAGAAGAGAGCAGCUAGCUAGCUAGCUAUGGACUUGAGCCGUUUUUCUGAUGAGAAUUUUGAGGUCAAGGAGUGGGUGAAUGGAGCUCUCAAUACACACAAAGACAAACAGACAUCUGUAGAUGUACAUGCAUCGACCUUAGUCAUGAAGCUGCAGUUGUUCAUUCAAGAACUAAACAAGUCAGUUGAAGAUACAAGUAUGCAGAUGCUCAACAACCUUCCUCGGGUGUUACGAGAUGUAGAGUCCGUGAGACAAGAAGCUAGUCUACUCAACGAGCAGAUGAUGGUCGUCAAAGAGGACAUUAAACGAGUGGAGAGUGAUACCGCCCACUCGAUGCAGACGCUAGUGGAGCUGGACAGAGUGAAGCAACGCAUGCUACUAUCACAGACUGCUCUACAAGAAGCCGACAACUGGACCACCCUCUCAGAGAAUGUGGAGGAGGUCUUUGCCACUGGAGAUAUUCAGCAGAUUGCUGAGAAGCUGGCUGGGAUGCAGCAGAGCUUGAAUGUGCUCCAUGAUGUACCGGACUAUCAGGACAGAAAACAUGUACUGGAGGCACUAAAAAACAGAUUAGAAGCUCUCGUUUCGCCAAAACUUGUGGCAGCAUUCAAUUCUCAUACUCUAGACGAGGCUCGGAACUACGUGCAGGUAUUUCUGGACAUAGAGAGAUACUCACAACUAAAGGGACUCUACACUGGUUGUCACAAGGCCAGCAUUCAUGAGUUAUGGACUGAGCAACAAGACAACAAGAGACCUCUCUCCGGCACUGUCUCCUGUUUCUAUGAUGAGCUACUCACCAAGUGGCGCAAAGAGUUCUCGUGGUGUAGUCAGGUGUUUCCGGAGCCCCUCCCACUUCUCUCAGUUGUGUUUGCACAAGGGCUUGACUCUGUACCACUUGGACGCUGCCUAGCAACAGUCGAGGGACAGCGUGACGGACUGAACAUGCUCAUUGAGCUCAGACAGGCUUCCAUGCGGUUCACUCAGGGUCUUGAGCAAGCCUUGUCCUCCAUGGAAGACUUGAAUGGAGUGUUUGUAUUUGUAGAGGCUGUACACUCUCCCUACUGUCAGCUGCUCGUCAAGUACCCUGCCAUGGAGACACAGCUACUUAAACACCAGCUACACGCCCUACAAGUGUCGUCACUGGAGGGAGUGGAAGAGACCGUGUCUGCGAUUACUGCGUCAGUGUCUCAGCUGUUUGUGAUCACAGGCCAUGGUCUGGAGCGAUGCAUGCAGCUAACGGAGGGAUGGGGGCUGCCUGGUCUCAUCAGAACCCUCGAGACCCUGUUGACUCAGUACGUGGCAAAGGUGUCCAGUAGCAUGCAUCAGAUACGCAGGGGGUGUGGUCUGGAAGUAGGCGUGGCCAGUCAGGGGGAGGAGUGGACUAACUUGCAGCACGCCUUUAGGCUCAUUCAAACCUGUGGGGAUAUGCAUCUACGAACUCUGACCCUGAGCUCUCAGCUGUCCUCUACUGUCAUAUCUUGCACUACUCAACUGAUAUCUGUGGCCAAUGAAACAGCUCCGUUCGGUUGCUAUGACUACCUCUCUCUGUACCACCCUGAAGAACACACAGCUGUUAUGGAGCUCAUUGCAGCUCUACAGAAAGUGGGCGGAGAUUAUCAGCUGUUGCCCUCGUCCAUCAGUCAGAUUACAGGCCUGAAUGAGCGGGCACACACACUCGCGUUUGACAUCAUCUUUGCCCAACUCAAAGACAAGCUAUCAAAAGUACCACAGCUGAAGGUAUGGAGGAGUGAGGGAGGUGCCCCCCUGGACAGUCCUCGUGGCCUCACUGACGACCUCCCAUCAUUCAGUCUCUCACCACUGCCCUACAUUACAGAGAUUGGAGACUACCUGCUGACCCUGCCCCAGCAGCUGGAGCCGUUCACCUCCCAGGACAACCACUCACUCACACACGCACUCAAACACGGACAGCUGCCCUUCCCGGCCACAGAGAUGUUGAAUGUAUCUGAUGACGAUGACCUCCACCCCUCCGAGGACUGGUUGGGAGCCAUAGCACGGGGAACCAUGGAAACAUAUGUCACCAAUAUAUUCCGUAUACCCUCCCUGACAGAGACGUCUGCACAUCAACUAGCCGCUGAUAUAGCCUACCUGUGUAAUGUGCUGGCAGCCCUGGGUCAGAGUCCAAGUGAGCAGAUGACACAGAUUGAGGUACUCCUCAAGGCUGACAGAGAACAGUUUGACGAGUACAGAGGCAAAGAAGACAUGUCUGCUAAACUGUAUGAAGAUAUCCGCAAACUAAGGACUUGGAUCUAGCUAAUUAGGAACUCAACAAUUCAGUCAAUCCAAUUGAUUUAUAAUUAUUGUUAAUUCUUAUAUUCAUAAUUAAUUAAAUUUUAUAUAAAAAGAGAAUAAUAAAACGUCAA